CUUCGACUGUGUGAUUCUCCACUUGGCUGUGGCUCAGUCGUUAUGCUAAGGCGUUAUGCCAUCCUAACUGUGGCAUUUCUAUCAUCCAAAUAUCCACAUAAAUACAAUAUAAUUCCUUCUUAUUGAAAGUAUUAGUCUAUACCGUCUAAUGCCAUUCUAAAUCUAGGUUGGGAAUAACGGUUAACAAUUACGGCAAAACAGCGUUCACUCAACCUUGCAGCAGGCUACGCUGGCCAUCUCAGUCUCGGAACUCAAGCCAGCUUGUAAGGGUCCACACUAUGACCAUCACCAGUAACUCUACCCCGGACACAGGGUACCGAAAACCAAAGACCAGACAGCGAAUUCAUAAGGAACCACCUGAACUCGCCGUUCCUAAUAUCAAUGAUGAUGCUGCUGAGCGGAAACGUGUUCUGAACGUCCUCGCACAACGCCGAUAUCGCGAGCGGAAACGGCAAGACAAAAGUGGUACUACAACUGCGAAUCUCACAUCUCAGUCCAAUCCCCAAGACAACGCAUCUAGUUCUGUCGCAAGAAAAGAUGCUUCGAUAUCUGAGAGUCAUGUUUCAGAGCAGGACAUAUCAAUAUCAGCUUACCUAGACCUGCUGCCCAUCCCUGGAUCUGUAUGCUCAUCCAAUGAAUACACCUCCAAUGUAGCCUCACCAACAACAUGGUCAGCCGCGCCAUUUGGACCGUCUGUGCCCAGCACUCUCCCGGGGAUAGAGCAGUCCUAUUUAAACAUGACAGGCCCCAGUAUAUCGAGUCUUGAAGGGGAGGCAUCAUUGAAUGCGACAGAGGCUACUUCAUUCAACUUUCCCGAUACAAUUAACCCGAGCGCUCUCAUAGACUCCUCGUCUAAUAGUCCUUCGGCGUCUGACAACACUGAUAUUACAGACGUUUCUUUCCCCGAUUCGUACUAUCUCCCAGUAAAUGAAUUGACCUUGUUAAGAGGUCUCAUGCGCAUCGCCAUACGAUUACGCUGCAAUACAACAAAUAUAUGGGAUCUCGGAGCUAAUUCGCCCUUCAACGAUGGGACACACACGCCCCUGACAACUCAAGAAUUGCCUCUUACAUGGAGGCCAACACGAUCUCAGUCAUCCAUACCGCACCAUCCUGUCAUAGACUUACUGCCAUGGCCUAGCGUUCGAGACCGCAUACUCUUAUUCAUGGGCUUACCUGACGAGGCUCGUCCACCUGCCCUGGCUGGUCCCCUGGCUCAUGCUAAAUUAGCAUACGAUCUCGAGGAUUCUGCCGAAGGCAUUCGUAUCUGGGGAGAUGACCCCUGUGAGCCGAGCUCAUGGGAAGUUGGACAGGUGCUCUUUGAACGGUGGUGGUUCAUCUUUGAUAGACAGAUCAUUGACCAGAGUAAUUACUGGCGGAGGUUAAGGGGCGCUGCAACUUUAUGCGUUAAAGGCUGAUCAUUGUUUUCAAGACAAGUUUACGACUGCCAGACCAAUAGCAGGUUGCUAUCAAUGCGUGCUUGGGUGAUACCGGCUCUCUGCGGAAAUGCCUUUUUCUCCUAUGUGCAUUUAAUGCUAAUAUGCAUGGACCGUGGGCAUGAUACGAACCUUUCCUGGCAGUUUAUCCGCUCUCACGGUUUCCAUUACUAGGCCGUCAUACUCAUCAAGUUUUCAG